AUGAAAUAGUGUUAUAAUAAGAUGAGUAUUCAUACUUAAUAAUAUUAGAAUUGUAUUAAUUAAGUUUAAUAUUGUACUAUAAAUNGCAUCUUAAUUAAAUGGAGCAAUUAUUUCAAAUGCAAGGUCGAAUUAAAUUUAUGGAAGCCCUGUAUACAUCGGUCCAUUAAAAGAUUCUAUAUAUAUAACUGAUCAACCUGAUCCUCAUUUUUAUACAUUUAGUUCGCUGGAUGUUUAGUUUAAACAAAUAUAUGAAGUUAACUAAAUAAAAGUCUGGUUCUAUGAUAUAGACAGUCGAGUACAUAGUUUUAAAAUAAUUUUGAUUGAUAAAGAUAAUAGAGAAAAGAAAGUAAUUUCAGGGUAUUAAAAAAAGGUCUUGUAACAAUUAAUUUUGAAGAUCAUUUUACAUAAAAAAUAAAAAUAAUCAAUAUGCCUGGUGGCACUUAUAAUGCUUUAACUAUUAUAAAAACCUAAGCUUUCUUUUUAAUUAAAAGGUUCCCUUGAGAAUAGAGAUUAAAUGAAUUUAAUAUAUUUUAAUAUUUGCUUUAUUAAUAAGGUUUUAAUUAUUUAAUGCAAUAAAAAAAUUAACUUAAAAUGA